AUGUUGACUAGUCAACUAAAAGUGGGAACUUGGGCAAUGAAACGAUCUUUUUCUACAUCUUGUUCCUCUGUUUCACAAGUCUCUUUCCAGUUACAAAUGAGCAGCCACGACCAUAGAAGGUUUGGAACGGCGGGUCCUUUAGCUGCGGACGAAGAAGGUCAAGGACGUUUUGAGAGCUCGGUGAAUGCGGUGCCAUUUGGUUUGGUUGCGACCGGAGUUUUGAUUGCUAUCUUCCUCUUAAUUGCUUUUUUUGAGAGGUUCAUGUUCGUUAAACCAACUCCAUCACCACCUCUCGACCAAAAGUUUCCUCCUUUUGCUUCCCCCAAGAUGGAUGUGUGUAAAAGAGAGAUAUCGGUGUUGAUGCCUGGAGAAGAUGUCCCAACGUUCAUUGCUCAGCCAUGUCCUCCCUCAUCAUCAUCAAGCUCUUUCUGAAACCUUCUUUCAUCUCAUUAAGUAGGACUUUUUAUCAGACAAGUGUUUAUGUAGUCAAGUGUUGUUAAACAGAACAGUGUUUCUCUGUUUGUGUCUGCUUAUCCCAUAGCAAAAGAGCAGCAAUCUCCAUAAAAUAAAAAGCCAUGGAAUUUGUGAGCGUUGUUGCGUAGGCUUGCCUUUUACUUUACGAGUCCACAAUAAACAAACCAAAAACGAAGAUCCGCAUAAGAUUUGGUUAAUAAUUAUACAUUCCGCAAUUUAC